CGGCUGAGGGAGGCGGAGACUCCGCGGAGACACUGGGGGAGGCGGCGGCGGCGGCGGCGGCGGCGGCGGCGUGGGGCUGCUGGAGGCGGAGGCAGAGAGGCGCGGAGGAGCGCGGGGCCGCCGCCACCGGCGCCCGAAGGAGCAGAGCCCCUGAAGGGUUUCAUCACUGGAGAGUGGCAGGAGAACGUGGAGCUGUAGUUAACUUAAGCUGCCUCUGCUAAAGGAAACCUUGGCUUAGCAUUCCAAAGAGUCCCGUUGGAUCUGCUGAGCAGGCAAGGAUCAGUCAGUGGUUCAGGCCCUGGUGAUGGUCAGGUGUGUCCACAAAACGUGAAAGAACAUCUCUGCUUGGAAUCUGAUUUGUAAGACUCCAGGGCCUUCAAGCUGUGAUUAAUCCCAUGGUUCCUGAAAUGACUGGGAAAGCAGACGUUUUGUGUGCCAGUUGAAGAGUGUAUGUCCAUGUAUAUUUAAAACCUUCUUUCUGUGCAUACACAUUUACACGAGAAGGCAGGCUCAUUCUUGUGUGCACUUGAAGAGUUUUACAACUGAUGAAAAUUAAUUUAAGAAUCAGAUGGAGCAACUUGACACCACUGGGCUUGGGAGCCCGGGGAGAAAAAUACAUCAGUAAUGGCCAGUUUUCCAUAUGGUCUUCACGGGUGAAGAAGGUUUGCAAAAAGAAGAAAAAAAAACUGGCACAGAUUAGGCCUCAAAAAUACCUCUCCAGUUUAAAGAAGGAACUAAGUGAGAAGGUGACUGAGGGAGAAGUGUGAUUUCAAGCAUUGCAGAGGGGAGCAUGCAGUGCUUUUUGCACUUUAUUUUUCAGUGGGUCUGGUGAUUUGGACAGAGGUGAAAAUUCUGGACCGAAGAGUGGCUCUUACUGUGUGGUUAUGACUGGAGGGAAGCCAGUUAGGGUAUGAUGGGACAAGUUUGAACAGUGAACUGAUUCCUUUGCCUUUUUUCAGUUAACUGUAUUCCAGAAAUUUUAAUUUAUUACUUCCCUUUUCCUUUCCUAUACCUAUAGGAUAAUACCUUAAGGUAGCAGUUGAAACUGAUAAUUACAAACUAAUUAUCAAGGAGCAUCCGAGUAAAGCUUCUUUCCCUGGACUGUGCACGUGGCAUUUGGAGACGGUCUCUGGAGGUGAUCAGGAAGGUGCCCGUCAGCCGAACAUGGUCGCUUUGUAGGGAGACAGUGGGGAGGAAGCUGACUCUCACCUGUGUUUUCCGUUUUAAGGGAUUCUCUUCCGUGUUGAGGCUAGGAAUCUUUGUAUAUAAGAGGAAGGCUACUUGAUGGACUUAAUUCUGAGAUUAGUUUUUUUCCUUCAAGAUGGAAAAGUAUGUAAUCUUUACGAGUGGAAAGGGGAGAAGUGACUAGGGUAGGAAGGGAGGAGACACAGCCUGCAGCCCAGCUUGGCUCCCGUUUGCCAGCAGGAGUAUUUAGGAUUUGAGGGGGGCCCACACUCAGACUCCCUCCCGUGAGAGCUUUAGAGCCUUCUGGCUCUGCUGAGGGAAGGGGCUUUCUCACCCGCCUCUAUGGCACCGAGGGGUGCGUCGGCCUGCAGAGGGGCCCUCCCCGGGGACGCAGCCACCUGCUGGGAAGCCAGGUUGGGCUUCGAAGUUGGAGGUUUCUGGUUCUGAACAGUGGGGAAAGAGUCCUUUUUUCUCCUAAAAUUUGGACUGCUGUCUGCACAAACUCUGGUCUGUUUUGCACGGUUUGUGUGCCUUUUUUUCCCUUUAUGCAAUCUUUUUCAGCUUUAGCAGCAGAGAUUUGUCUAGUUGAGAAAACAAGCCAGAGGGUGGCUUCAGAAGGAAGAUGAUCCCCAUGUAUUCUGUCUCUGCAUCUGAGCUUUUGAAGAGAAGAUUCCAGCUCGAGGGAUUCUCAAAGCCUUAAGUUACUUGAAAUCUAUGUAUUUGCAGCCCUUUGUCUCUGGAAUCACAUUACACUAAACUGGAAUCUCAGGCUGAAUAAGAAGAACCAAGUUGAGUGAAAAGAAGAACACUCAGUUUCUUUAUCACCACUUGUUAACAAUGCUCUUUCUCCAAAGGGUCAGCCCCCUCUUCCUCUGAGGACUUGAACAUAAAAAUGGACCCCACGUUGUUUUUAAGCAUUACCUUUUCUUAGCGGACUGCCGUCAUCUUUUCUAGAGGAAUUUUUUCACUAUGCAUUUGGUGGAUCUUUAUAAAAUACUGACCUUCUAAUUAGAACCGGGUCAGUCUUAAAAGGGGGUCAGGGAAAACAGCGCAAGCCAACCACAAAAAUAACAUCGAUCUGUCAGUGGAAGCAAUUUUUCAGCAUUCAGCAUUACUUUUUAAGUAAAACGGUUCUUCAGAAAAAAGUAUGUAUGCAGCGGUGGAGCAUGGGCCUGUCCUGUGCAGUGACUCCAACAUCCUCUGCCUGUCCUGGAAGGGCCGCGUCCCCAAGAGUGAGAAGGAGAAGCCCGUGUGCAGAAGGCGCUACUAUGAGGAGGGCUGGCUGGCCACGGGUAACGGGCGCGGCGUUGUUGGCGUGACCUUCACCUCCAGCCACUGCCGCCGGGACAGGAACACUCCGCAGAGAAUCAACUUCAACCUUCGGGGCCACAACAGCGAGGUCGUGUUGGUGAGGUGGAACGAGCCGUACCAGAAGCUGGCCACGUGCGACGCAGACGGCGGGAUAUUCGUGUGGAUCCAGUACGAAGGGCGGUGGUCUGUGGAGCUGGUCAACGACCGAGGGGCCCAGGUGAGUGAUUUCACGUGGAGCCACGAUGGGACUCAAGCACUUAUUUCGUAUCGAGAUGGGUUUGUCCUGGUUGGUUCUGUCAGUGGACAAAGACACUGGUCAUCUGAGAUCAACUUGGAAAGUCAAAUCACAUGCGGCAUAUGGACGCCCGAUGACCAACAGGUGCUGUUUGGCACGGCUGACGGGCAGGUGAUCGUCAUGGACUGCCAUGGCAGGAUGCUGGCCCACGUCCUCCUGCAUGAGUCAGACGGCAUCCUCAGCAUGUCUUGGAACUACCCCGCCUUCCUAGUGGAGGACAGCAGCGAGAGUGACACCGACUCCGAUGACUACUCCCCGCCCCAAGAUGGUCCGGCGGCGUAUCCCAUCCCAGUACAGAGCAUCAAGCCGCUGCUCACCGUCAGCUUCACCUCAGGAGACAUCAGCUUGAUGAACAACUAUGACGACUUGUCUCCUACUGUCAUCCAGUCGGGGCUGAAAGAGGUGGUGGCCCAGUGGUGCACGCAGGGAGACCUCCUGGCAGUCGCUGGCAUGGAGCGCCCCACCCAGCUCGGUGACCUUCCCAAUGGCCCUCUUCUGAAGAGUGCCAUGGUCAAGUUCUACAAUGUUCGCGGGGAGCACAUCUUUACACUGGACACGCUUGUGCAACGCCCCAUCAUCUCCAUCUGCUGGGGACACCGGGACUCUCGGCUGCUGAUGGCGUCAGGACCGGCCCUGUACGUGGUGCGUGUGGAGCACCGGGUGUCCAGCCUGCAGCUGCUGUGCCAGCAGGCCAUUGCCAGCGCCCUGCGAGAGGACAAGGAUGUCAGCAAGCUGACCCUGCCCCCCCGCCUUUGCUCCUACCUCUCCACUGCCUUCAUCCCCACCAUCAAGCCCCCAAUUCCAGACCCCAGCAACAUGCGAGACUUCGUCAGCUACCCGUCGACCGGCAGCGAGCGUCUGCACUGCACCAUGAAGCGCACAGAGGACGACCCCGAGGUGGGCGGCCCCUGCUACACGCUCUACCUGGAGCACCUGGGCGGGCUCGUGCCCAUCCUUAAGGGGAGGCGCAUCAGCAAGUUGCGGCCCGAGUUCGUCAUCAUGGACCCGCGGACAGAUGGCAGAUCAGAUGAAAUCUAUGGGAACAGCCUGAUUUCCACGAUGAUUGACAGCUGCAACUGCUCAGACUCCAGUGACAUUGAACUGAGUGAUGACUGGGCUGCCAAGAAGUCUCCCAAGAUCUCCCGAGCUAGCAAAUCACCCAAACUCCCAAGGAUCAACAUUGAGGCUCGGAAGUCCCCCAAGCUGUCGCGUGCGGCUCAGGAGAUAUCCCGGUCUCCUCGCCUGCCCAUGCGCAAGCCGUCCAUCGGCUCGCCCAGCCUGACGCGGAGGGAGUUUCCCUUUGAAGACAUCACUCAGCACAACUAUCUUGCUCAGGUCACGUCUAAUAUCUGGGGAACCAAAUUUAAGAUCGUGGGCUUGGCUGCUUUCCUGCCAACCAACCUCGGUGCAGUAAUCUAUAAAACCAGCCUCCUGCAUCUCCAGCCGCGGCAGAUGACCAUCUAUCUCCCGGAGGUUCGGAAGAUUUCCAUGGACUUUGUUAAUUUACCUGUCUUCAACCCAAAUGUGUUCAGUGAAGAUGAAGAUGAUUUACCAGUGACAGGAGCAUCUGGUGUGCCCGAGAACAACCCACCUUGCACCGUGAACAUCCCCAUCGCCCCGAUCCACAGCUCGGCUCAAGCGAUGUCCCCCACGCAGAGCAUCGGGCUGGUGCAGUCCCUGCUGGCCAACCAGAAUGUGCAGCUGGAUGUCCUGACCAAUCAGACCACAGCCGUGGGCGCUGCCGAGCACGCAAGCGACAGCGCCGCCCAGUACCCGGUGGCCAGCCGCUACUCCAGCCCUGGCCAGGUGAUCUUCGGGGGCGUGGAGAUGAGCCGCGUCAUCCCCAACCCCCCUCAGCUGUCCCUGCCGCCGCCAGCACAGGGGGCCAUCCAGCUGUCCGUGCUGGACCACGGGGACCGAGACCACGAGCACCUGCAGAAGCCAGCCAAGGCCCUGCGGCCGGUGCCACAGUUGGCUACCGAGGGGGACGCGGUGGUGUUCAGCGCCCCCCAGGAGGUCCAGGUGGCCAAGAUGAACCCCCCACCCCCCUACCCGGGAACCAUCCCCGCGGCCCCCACCACCGCGGCGCCCCCGCCGCCGCCACCGCCCCCGCCACCCCCGCUGGACACGUGCUUGAAGAAGGGCGACUUCUCGCCCUACCCCACGGCGGCGCACUACCAGCCGCCCCUGGGCUACGAGAGGAUCACCACCUUCGAUAGCAGCGGCAACGUGGAGGAGGUGUGCCGGCCCCGGACACGCAUGCUCUGCUCCCAGAACACCUACGCGCUCCCGGGCCCGGGCAGCUCGGCCACGCUGAGGCUCACCGCCACCGAGAAGAAGGUCCCGCAGCCGUGCACCAGCGCCACCCUGAACCGCCUGACGGUCCCGCGCUACUCCAUCCCCCCGGGGGACCCGCCCCCCUACCCGGACCUCGCCGGCCCGCUGGGCGCCCCCGGCCGCGGCGCGGGGCAGAGACCCGACGGCGGCCUCAUCCACGCCACGCUGCGCAGGAACAACCGCGAGGCGGCGCUCAAGGCGGUGCCGCUGGCCGAGCCCCCGCGGCCGCCGCCGCACCCGCCCAGGCCCAAGGGCGCGGCGCAGUUCCCGGCGCGGCCCCCGCCCGCCCUGUACACCUGCAGCCAGUGCAGCGGCGCGGGCGCGGCGGGGAGGCCGGAGCCGGGCGCGGGGUCGCAGCCGGGCGUCGGCCUGGCGCACGCGGCCGGCACCUCCCCGCUGACUUCCCAGUCGUCCUACAGCCUCCUGAGCGCGGGCGACGGCGCCCGCGAGCGCGCCGACUACGUCAACUCGGCCUUCACAGAGGACGAGGCGCUGGCCCAGCACUGUCAGGCCGAGAAGCCGCUGAGGCACCCCCAGCUGAGCGAAGCCGCUGUGGCCGUGAAGCGGCCGCCCCCCUACCAGUGGGACCCCGUGCUGGGGGAGGAUGUUUGGGUUCCUCAGGAAAGGACAGCACAGACCGCGGUGCCCAACCCCCUGAAGCUGUCCCCUCUGAUGGUAGGUCAGAGCCAGCACCUGGAUGUGUCCCGAGUGCCCUUCGUCUCCCCCAAGCCUCCCGCCAGCCCUACUGCCACUUUCCAGACAGGCUAUGGCAUGGGAGUGCCCUAUCCGGGAGGCUACAACACCUCCGCUUUGACGGGGGUGCAGGCUCCCUGCUCCCCGAAAGACGCUCUGGCCCCAGCACAGUUUGCACAACAGGAGUCCGCGGUGGUUCUUCAAACGGCCUACCCGCCCAGCCUCUCCUACUGCCCCCUGCCCCCCAUGUAUCCGGGAAGCAGCGCCUGCUCGAGUUUACAACUGCCACCCAUCGCCUUGCACCCUUGGAAUUCCUACAGCGCGUGCCCGCCCGUGCAGAACCCCCAGGGCGCUCUUCCCCCCAAGGCGCACUUGGUGGUGGAGAAGCCUCUCGUGUCCCCGCCGCCCACGGACCUCCAAACCCACCUGGGUACAGAGGUGAUGGUAGAGACAGCAGACAACUUCCAGGAAGUCCUCUCCCUGACGGAGAGCCCAGUGCCCCAGCGGACAGAGAAAUUCGGAAAGAAGAACCGGAAGCGGCUGGACAGCCGGGCCGAGGAGGGAAAUGUUCAGGCCAUCACUGAAGGCAAAGUGAAGAAGGAGGCUCGGACUUUGAGUGAUUUUAAUUCCCUGAUCUCCAGUCCCCGCCUGGGGAGAGAGAAGAAGAAAGUGAAGAGUCAGAAAGACCAACUGAAGUCGAAGAAGUUGAAUAAGACAAAUGAGUUCCAGGACAGUUCGGAGAGCGAGCCGGAGCUGUUCAUCAGCGGGGACGAGCUGAUGAACCAGAGCCAGGGCAGCAAGAAGGGCUGGAAGAGCAAGAGGAGCCUGAGGGCGGCCAGUGAGCUGGAGGAGUUCAAGUGCAGGAAAGCCAGCGAGAAAGAGGACGGGCGGCUGGGCAGCCAGGGCUUCGUGUACGUCAUGGCCAACAAGCAGCCUCUCUGGAACGAGGCCACCCAGGUGUACCAGCUGGACUUCGGGGGGCGGGUGACCCAGGAGUCGGCAAAGAACUUCCAGAUCGAGCUGGAGGGGCGGCAGGUGAUGCAGUUUGGAAGGAUUGACGGCAACGCGUACAUCCUGGACUUCCAGUACCCCUUCUCCGCUGUGCAGGCCUUUGCAGUUGCCCUGGCCAACGUGACCCAGCGCCUCAAAUGAAGAGACUGGUGUGGGGAGGAGAAAGCGGUCUGAUCGCAGACGCUGGAGGAGCCUGCAUGGCCUGGUGCCCGGGGGACCAGAAGACAAGGGCAAAACUGGAAAUGUCUGUCAGGCCCAGGGGAGGGCACUGACCUUUCGUUGUUGUUUGUUUGGGUUUUUAUUAUCCUUUAUUUUUCUUUUCUUCUCUUAUUUUUUUAAACAAAAGUAAAAUACAGGAGAGCGGUGUUUGCAAGCAAAGGGUGCGAGGCACCUAUCUGGUGGUGUUUAGGAGGCGUGGUCGCUGUGGGAAUGUCCUACUGGGUUUGCUUAUGUCGGCGACGGGACAAAGGGCCCUUCAGAGGGAAGGUUAGACUGCCUUCUCACCUGCUGUUCUUCUAGACGAGGAGUGUGCAUUGUUUUCAUUCUCCACAACAUCUAGCUUUUAUUAUUCCUCCAACAUCACUACUAGUGUAAAUAUAAAAAACUUGUUAAGAAAAACACAACCAAAAAAUCCUGAAGGUACAGGUUCUCUUGGGGGGGGACAACAUUUAAUUCACGCAUAUUAUGUUAUUCCCCCAGAGGUGACUUGAUUAAUGAGGGGUAUUUUGGCAAAUGCACUGUGUUUGACUAAUAAAAGUAGGCGUUUUACGGGGAUGCUAUUACCAGGUAUAAAUACGAUUUGCUCAUGAGCUCGUAGGGGAAAGGAUGACGGACGAGGAAGGGUCUCCUGCAGGUGUUCACGCAGGUGGCUCACGUCGUGUGACCUGAAGCAGUACAAGGGCCACGCUCUUCUUCAGAGGAGGUUUACACUGAAACCUCCACUAGUUUCCUACUACGUCAGAAUUCCGUUGGUUCAGCGAUCAUUCAGUCUGAUUGACUUCGGGAGAAAGAUCCCCGAGUAGUGUGGUGUGGGGCAGCGAUUUUCUGGGCUGCGGUGGUGGCUCCUUAAGAGACCUGCUGCUGAGAAGUGGGCUUCACUCCCUCUCCCCUCUCAUUGUUGAACCUGGGAACCGUGCCAGAGGCGGCGUCUUCCGCAUUAGGUAACACUGUUCUAUACUUGCUCUUUCUAAAAAUGCUGACAACACUGAUUUGAAAGCACUCCUUUCCUCUUUUGGGCUGUAUUAAAAUUCAGUUGGUUAGAGAUGUUUUCCAACAGAUUAGAAAUGUAGCAAAAGAAAUGUUAGGCAUUUGCCAGGGUAUGUAAAGAUAAGAGUUAUAAUCAACUCUUUUGACAAGAGCCCCACAAGCUUUUCUAGAAAAAAAAAAAGUUGUUUAUUAACUUACAGACUGUUUACUGAGGAGAUAAACCACUGGGAGAAUGUGGUUAAAGUUACAGUACUUAAUGUAGUUGGUUGACUAUUCUUUGUUAAUUUCAACAACAACAACAACAAAAAUCCAGAGGUUCUCUUUUCCCACCUCCCCCUCCACGGAGGGCAAUACUCAGCCCUGAUAACAAGACCCAGUUCAUAGUUUUCAGUUACUGAUAUCUGUGAUGUUGUUUAGGGCAGGAACACAAGAACUGUGUACCAGUUUAGGGUCCUAAAUUUGGAUUUUGUUUGAAAACAAACAGGUGGAAGAUACUGCAGAAAUGUUAUUUUCCCCCCCCAAAAAAAAAAUUUGUUUUCAAUCUUCUGUUUUAGUUUAAAAAUUAGAAAAGAAACAGGCCCAAUGCAAGAUGACAUCACUUACCAUUUUCUUCAGACCCAGAAGAAACACAGGUGAGGUUUCAAAUAUGGUGAAGGACAUCUCCCAGCUAAUACCAGAGCUUCCCAUUUUAUAUUUUAAAAUAUUGAACCAGAUUCUUUGGUGGGUAAAUAUUUCCAGAAAGAAUUUAGCAAUGUAUUCAGAAUUAUAUAAUUCUUUUAUAUGAGUUUCUGUAGCUUAACAUGUUUCAAUGCUUAUUAUCAGCUGUGCAAUAAUGGUUAUAGCCUAUUUCUAAAUAAUUUAAAUGCAGUUCCUCUGUUUUAUUGUCCAAAAGUUAAUUAUUUAUCUUGCUUUCAUAGUGUUUGUAGGAAUUAUUUUGUUACUAUGUUCUGGUGAGUUAUGCCCACUUUAUUAUUUAUUUAGAAAAAUAGUAUGUAAUGACUUAUUUGGUGGCAGUAUAUUUUGCUGCAAGAAAUAAAAAGGAUGUGAUAGAAGGUUUUUUUUACUGGACAAUUUGUAACUUUUUCUAAUUGGGAAAAAUUCCUAUUAAUCCUUUAAAAGCAAUUCUUUUUUUUUUU